AUGGGAACUGCCUCCCAUAGAACUCAUUAUCACAUGACCUCAAAACCACCUAAUUACCUCAAGAGAAAGGCAGAUGAACUGGAAGCUGCCUUGCGAAAGGAACAGAAGAAAUCACAAUCCAAAUCGUCCAAAAGCUCAGUUGGACAGGGGGAACCUGAGAUGGCUAAAGGUCAUGGUUCGGAAGGCUCUACACACCAACCAAAGACACAACCCGAGCCCUCAAAACCAAAAGCCUCCAAACAUGCUGAAUCCUCAAAGCGCAUCGAAUCCUCAUUCGAGGAGGAGCCAGAAAAGUCAUCUAAGAAGCGCAAGGCAAGAAGUUUGGAAGCUGCCCAAAAGAAGAAGUCAAAGAAAGACAAAUCUAAACGAUCUAAGGGUUCGGAUGAGAAGGAUCUCACCGAAGUCUCUAAAGGUCGCGAGACUGAAGGGAAGCAAGCCGAAUCCUCCCAUGAGGAGGAGGCGAAGGCAUCAAAAGAGGUCACUAAGAAGAGGAAGGCAAAACAGCUUAAACGUCCGAAAAAGAAACAAAGGACUGAUCAAUUUGACGAAGUUGAAGUGGAACAUGAAACCCAAUCAACUGCUGUCUUACCAGCAGAAGAGGAACCGAGGGAAGCUCAAUUUGAAGAUUGUCACCGAGUUUUUCCUCCUCCUCUUGAUCUUUCCAGGGAAGAUAGUGAUGAGGAAGAUCAAAUGCCUCUUACUAGGCUACUGAAACCAACGACCCCUCAAAUCGAAUCACCCUCUGUAACAUCUUUCUUGGAAUCUUUACCACCUCCCGAACCUUUGAUUACUGAAUCUGAAAGUCCCAUUGCUCCCAUGCCCAGAACACAACAGCUGGUUAUCACUUUACCACGUAAAAGAAAUGAGUCAGGUUCCGAAUCAACAAUGAUAGAGGAUGAAUCUGAGGGAGAUGAUGCUGAAGUCUGUGAUCAAUCUUAUCGACCAAUGUCUGCGAUAGUUCAACGACAAAUCACAGAACAUUUGUCACCCUCCAUGGCCCGUAUAAUGCUCACUCUUGAUUACAUUCAUCGACACCACCUUUUGCAAUGGCCACGUGUGUCAACUAUUCCGAUUGAGGAGAUCCCACCUACAACAACCGAAUCUGAAAUUCCUGAGUCAGCUCAACAACUUAUCCUUCAUUCUAACUCCUGUUAG